UGAACAUGACGGUUGGAUAGGAAGAUUAACACAACCACUUCACUUCGUCUUCCCUCACCCAUACUUUAAAAGUUUACAGGACUGAGACUAUUGUUGUACCAUGGCUAUAAGUGUGAGGUGUAGGUGGCAGGUGUUGGUAGUGGUGAUGGCUGUGGCUCGCUGGGUACUGCCCAUGGUAGGGGCCCAUCCCCGUGUCGUCCAAAUGAUGCAAGACGUUAUCACUCACAAGAAGUGGGAUUAUGUGACUCUCCUCUACACCAACAACAACCAUACCAUGACGACGAUAGAGGCAUCAGAGGUGCUGGCUGGGCUGGUUAGCUCCAUGUCUGCCGCCAUCAUAUACCUCCCCAACCUGCAGCAACUCUCCCUCGGCUUCACAUACAGCGGUGGUGAUACAUGGACCAACAUAAACAUACGACAGCCUCACUACAGAGCACAGUUCAUCACCAUCUGGGACAAUGAAGGACACGCAGCUGCCUUCAUGAACAAGGCUGGCCAUCUGGGACUGUUUACCCAGCAGCAGGAGUGGCUUAUCCUCCUGCCUCACAACACAACAAUUUAUGACAUGGAAAAUCUUCUCAAAGACGCCGAAAUCUUUAUUGAUAGCGAGGUACUAGUGUGCAGUUAUGACAGCAAAAUGGAGUCCUUCAUAUUAAGGGAAGUGUGGCGUGGGGGGCGGGGCCAGCCCUUCCAAGAGGGCUCCUGGGGUAUGUGGUCAGAAGAAAAGGGACUGGUCACAGCACCAAUGAACAACAAGUAUGAGCGACGCAAGGAUCUAAGGGGCUUUCAUCUACGUGUUGCCACCAUUGUGACUAUGCCGUAUGAGAGCCUUGUGGCAGACCAGCAGCUGCAGAAUUUCCGAGAGGGUUAUGUGGUAGAUGUGUGGCACACACUACAAGAGCAACUCAACUUUACGUACACCGCAACCAACACACUGUUUGGAUCACUACAACCUGAUGGUGUAACUUGGAAUGGUAUGGUGGGAAUGCUUCAGACUGAUGACGCUGAUGUGGCCGUGGCGCCGCUCUCCAUCACCAAGAUCCGCUCCAUAUCUAUUGACUUCACCAUACCAAUACAGAUAGUCAGUACACGUCUGUACAUCCGUCGGCCGAUACUGGAAGGUACUUGGACACUCUAUGGCCAGCCUUUUGGCGGGUACCUGUGGAUGUGUAUUCCUGUCUCCAUUGUGGUGUGUGCGGGAAUGUUAUGGGGGCUGAACUGGUUAACUGUGUACCUGAAGGUGAAUGACCACAUCAUCCUGCCCCUCGAAGCUCUUUGGAUCAUGUUCUCUGGCCUGGUGCAGCAGUCGACAGUCAUUGACCCUCGUCCUGUGUCUGGUAAAAUUGUCUUCUUCUCGGGGAUGUGGAUGGGUAUGAUUCUAUUAACGUGCUACUCGGCCAUCCUGGUGUCCAUCCUCACCACUCGCCAGCCAAAACUCCCCUUCAAAGACUUCCAAGCACUGCUCGACAACCCCGACUGGAACUUGGGUGUCCGUACUAACACUGCUCUUGCCGACUCUCUUGCCCUGGCUCCACCAAAUUCACCGAUGAGACUGUCGUGGGAGCACAUUGUAGGGAAGGACCCGGCCAACAAUCUUCCCUCCAAUAAUGAUGAUGCUCUAACAAAUGUUCUUAAAGGGAAGUACGCAUUUUUUGCCAACAAGGAGUACAUCAUCUACCGGCUGCAGCGCAAACUACCUCUGAAACAGGCAAUGGACAUAGUGGAUACCAACACCGACUUUCUCAAACGAGGCAUUGGAUUUGGGCUUCAGAAAGAAUCACCGUACAAAAACCUAUUUAAUUAUGUGUUAACAAAGAUGACUCAGAAGGGCCAUUUGAAUCGCCUCAAGAGAAAAUGGUGGCCCAACAUAGACCGCAACCCUGAUCCCCACUACCCAACGCCUGGAUUUAAUGAGGUAUUUACUUUGUUCAUCAUCUUGGGUGCUGGCACCAUCUUGGCAGUGGUCUUCCUAAUGUGUGAAUGGUUCAUAUACUCAAAAUCAAGGAGAGUAAUCAGUUGGUCAUAAAGCCAUACAAUGAAAAGUGAGUCUUCCAAGGAACAGUAAUAUGUUUUAGAAGAGGACGAUUAAUUUGGUGUCCCAGAGCACGACGUCCUUCACAAACGAGGGAAUCUCAACUUGACCAACAUUACUACACAAUUACAGUCCUGUACUUCCAAGAUGGAGGUCACAACAUUAAGCACACAAUCACUACACCGAAGACUUUAUCCAGCAUAGACACAGAGCGCAAGUAGUAGCGACCCUCACCAAGACAACGAUGCACGUUAUAGUUUAAUGUUGCACAACCAAUCAGCACACAGUGACCUAGAGCUCUCAGGUGAAUCAUUUUUACGAUACCAGGUAGUUGAGAGUCACCGUUCAGUACCACAAUGAACAUAUACGAUUGUUUGGUUACCUUUGUUAAUAGUUAUGUAUAGAAUAAAGAUGCCUGCCAA